UAUACACAUUGAUAUAUCUUCUCUCUCGACCGUCCUAUAUAGUAGUGAGAAAGUUUGAAGUUUUCCGGGAAAGGAGAGGAGAAUUUUCGCGGGUUUUCUAUCUUGAUGAUGGAGAAAUAUGGUGGUUUGGGACUUGAGAUCACGGAGCUGAGGCUGGGUCUUCCUGGAAGGGAGGGGAAGGAGAAGAAUGAGAGGAAGAGGCUGUUCUCGGAGAUUGAUGAUCAUCGUCACGAGGGGGAUGGCGGCUGCGGCGGAGACGAUCAGAACAGCUCGUCAGCUGGUGGAGACCGGAAGGUGGAGGCGGCGAAGAAUAAUAAUGAGGUGGUGGUGGGGUGGCCACCGGUGUGCUCGUACAGGAGGAAGAAUGGGAUGAACAACAACGAAGGGUCAAAAAUGUAUGUGAAAGUGAGCAUGGAUGGAGCUCCGUUCUUGCGCAAAAUUGACUUGGAAAAGCUUAAGGGUUACUCUGAACUCGCUUUCGCCUUGGAAAAGCUCUUUGGUUGCUAUGGAAUCAAGGAGGCGUUGAAGAAUGGAGACAAAACCGAACACGUUCCCAUUUAUGAGGACAAAGACGGUGACUGGAUGCUCGUUGGGGAUGUCCCUUGGGAAAUGUUUAUGGAGUCGUGCAAGAGGUUGAGGAUAAUGAAGAAAUCAGAGGCAAAGGGAUUUGGGGUGACGCCAAAAGGGACUCUGAAGGGAUAUGUAGAAGGCGUCACCAACUGAUCGAUCUAUAUAUCAAAAGUUAUAUAGACAUUACAAUAUGUCAUCCAUCAAAGGAAAAUUAAGGAAAACUACUACUGAUGAUUAAUUCUGUUUCAAUUAAUAUUAUUAUUACUACUACUAUUUAUUUCCCAAGUUCUAAUUAGUGUCGUACACGUUUGGUUAUUCCAUUUAAUGAUGUCAUUUUGUUAUGUUUCAUGAAGCAUGCCGCUAUAAUUCUUCUUACUUAUAUUAUUUGGUGUAUGAAUCAGACUAUUCUGUUUUAUUUUAUUAUAAUUAGAAAAGGAAAUAAAUAAUAAUGGAGAA